CAGCAGGUGGCGGUAAAGCCCCUGAAAGCUUCAUAGAGAAGGAAACUCGCCUCCUACGGUUGAAUUUGAAAACAGGCGGCAGUUUUGUGAUUGGAAAGUUCAUAACAAGGUGAAUUUAACAUUAAAGAUGACCGCGGACAAUGAGAUAGAGCUAAAGGAGGCGUUUCAGCGGGCUCAAAAAGGACACAACAACAAGGCGAAGCUGGUGGCGAGCCUGAAGAGCCGCUACAACAAGCUUGAGGACAAGACGCUUUUUCACGAGGAGUUUGUCCACUACCUGAAGUAUGCAAUGAUCGUGUACAAACGGGAGCCUGCUGUUGAAAACGUGAUCGACUUUGUGGCCAAGUUUGCCGCAAGUUUCCAGCCUGCACCCAAUACAGAAGAUGAGCAGCAUCAAGAAGAAGAAGAAGACGAGGAAGAAGAUGAGGAUGAUCAUCCAUUUCUGAGUUUCAUCUUCAACUUUCUGUUAGAGUCUCACAAAGCCAACAGUCAUGCGGUGCGUUUCAGAGCAUGUCAGUUGAUCAACAAGUUGCUCGGCAGCAUGGCGGAGAACGCCCAGAUCGAUGACGAUCUCUUCGAUCGCAUCCACCAAGCCAUGCUGGUUCGCGUCACGGACAAGUUCCCCAACGUGAGGAUUCAGGCUGCUUUAGCUAUGACCCGCCUUCAGCAGCCAAAGGAUCCUGACUGUCCCACCAUCAAUGCUUAUAUGUUAAUUCUGGAAAAUGACAGUAACGCGGAGGUGCGACGUGCCGUUCUGUCCUGCGUUGCAAUGUCGCCGCAGACCCUGCCUAAAGUUCUCAAACGCACUCGAGACAUUAAAGACAAUGUGCGCAAGCUAGCCUACCAGGUUCUUGCUGAAAAGGUUCAUAUUAAAGCGCUUACCAUUGCACAGAGAGUUGGUCUACUGCAGCAGGGUCUCCAUGACACUUCAGAGUCUGUGAGAGAAGUAGUUUGCAGUCGCCUGCUGCCGGCAUGGCUGCUUCGGCUGGAUGGAAACGUCAUCGAGCUGCUCCAUCGGCUGGAUGUGGAGAACUGUGCAGAAACCGCUAUGGAAACCCUGAAGGCCAUUUUUAAAACCAUGCCAACCGAAGAGCUGCUGCAGAACAGGGGACUGCUCGACAAUAGAAAGGUAAUCCCUGAGGACUCUAUGACCUGUGAAAAUGUGCUUUACUGGAGAGCUUUGUGUGAGUUCUUGAAGAGUAAAGGGGACGAUGGGGAGGAAAUGCUUGAACAGGUGUUACCAGAUGCUGCAACCUAUGCUGACUACCUCUGUGGCUUUCUGAAGGCAGUGCCUGUGCUGACAGAGGAGCAGAGGGCUGACUUCAACCAGCUGGAGCUUGUCAUGACCAAAGAAUUCAUCUCCCAGCAGCUCAUCCAUCUCAUUGGUUGUCUCGAUACUAACGAGGAGGGUGGCAGGAAGCGUGUGCUGGCUGUCCUGCAGGAGAUGCUGGCUCUCCCUCAGACCCCCUCCUCCCUGGUGUCGGUCCUCACUGAGAAACUCCUCGCCCUCAUCCCAGACGACCAAAGACGCAUCCAGACUGUGGCAGAGAUCAUUUCAGAUGUGAGAGAACCCAUCACGGACGCCAGUCAGCCAGUGGAUGAGAACAUGAGUCGUCGGCAGCAGGUCCAGCUUGCGGAGGUGAAGGUUCGCAUCAUGGAGGCCAAACAGGCUCUGGAGGACAGCAUCGCUGCCCAGGACUUCAGUCGAGCGGCAGAGCUGAAGGACUCCAUCGCAGGUCUCGAGAACCACAGAAACCAGGUCCUGCAGGAGAUCGCAAAGAGCAACCAAGCAGUCGACAAAGAGGUUCACAUUGAGAAGAAUGACCCGGAGACUCUUCUGAGGUGUCUGACGAUGUGUGCUGAACUGCUGAAGCAGAUGAACAUCAAGACUCGAACUGGUCCAACCAUAAGUGCCUUGAUGUCCUCACUGAUCCUACCAUGCAUAGCAAAUGCUCACCCUGCUGUUCGCAACAUGGCCGUGGUGUGUCUGGGGACGUGCACCCUGCACAGUAAGGAGCUGGCCAAGACCCACCUGGUCCUCCUGCUACAGAUAGCCCAGCUGGAUGAGGUGAAGAUCCGCAUCAGUGCUCUGCGGGCAAUCAUCGAUCUGCUGCUGCUGUUUGGCUUCCAGCUUCUCUGUGAAACAGCUUCCACUCAUACCGCCCAACCCACCCAGUCGCCCGACAAGCAGCAGGCUGAUGCCACGACGGCUGAGGACAAGGGAGACGCUCCAGAAGACAUCGCACAGAGCAUCCUUGUGAUGUUUUCAGAGUUCCUGGACAGCGAGGUGUCUGACCUGCGGACAGAGACGGCAGAGGGUCUGGCUAAACUUAUGUACAUGGGCCGCAUCUCCAGUGCAAAGAUGCUUUCACGCCUGGUGCUGUUGUGGUACAAUCCUGUCACUGAGGACGAUGUUUGCUUACGUCACUGCCUUGGGGUCUUCUUCCAACUCUACGCAUGCGAGAGCAGAUCCCACCAGGAGGUUGUGGAGGAGAGUUUCCUUCCAACUAUUCGAACUUUGCUGAAUGCUCCGGCGACUUCUCCGCUGGCCGAAGUGGAUAUUAACAACGUAGUUGAACUACUGGUUGAGCUGACCCGUCCCAGUGUGCUUAUUAAACCUUCGGCUAACACAGAGGUUUCCAUCCAUGACUACCUGGCAGUGCGUAUGUGUGGGGAGAUGCUCAAAGAUCCCACAGCCCCUGAAGUCCGCCUGUAUGCCAAGACUCUGAGCAACCUGGAACUCAGCCGGGAGGAGACUACGAGGGAGGACCUGACGACGCUGCUGCAGCAGCUCGUGCAGGAAGUUAAGGAUCGAGUUUGCCUUCGUGCUCUGGAGAAGAUGUUACAUCAGCUGGUUGACUCUAAAGAACAGGCGGAGGUCCUCAGCGCGAGUGCUCUCCAACCACUAGACGUCAACGCAGACGAGGCUGCAACAGAAGAUCCAUCAAAAUCUGCCAAGAGACCUAAGAGAGGUCAAAGGAAAGCUUGUACAGCCAAAGGGGGCAGGAAGCCUAGCAGAAAAGCUGAGUCAUCAGAGGAGAGUGAUGGAGAAAAUGUCCCAGAGUCUGUUCCUGCGGUGCGUCCAUCACGGAGAGCCAAGACUGCAGCUCUGGAGAAAACCAAACUGGACCUGAACCCUCUCAUCAAUCAGGAGGCCAAUGUGUCGUAAAAGACCAGCCAUGAUGUAUUACUUUGCAGGACAUUAAAUCAGUUAUCUGUUGCUCUUUGUCUCCUACAACUGGUGUUAAAUCCAACACACAUAUAGUGGAAAUAUUUUAUUACUGAGUCUUAGUAAAUGUCACUAAGCUCCAAACAUUUAUAACUAAUUACUACCACUGUCUGUCUGUUCUGCUUUUACUGCAUUCAUUUGUGCCCUAUAGUUUUGUUAGCAUAUCUAACUGUUUUUGAGUUUUAUUGUGAUAAUUAAAGCCAAUAAUGUAAAAAAAUAAAACUUGUACACUUUCUAAAA